AUGAAGUUUCUCGUUUCCCUCACAGCCGGUCUGCUGUCCAUCGGCCUGGCCUCCGCCUCACCAGCUGCACCGCUCAACAAGAGAGCUGUAUCGACUGAUGGAAGCUGCGGAGGAACAAAAGGCUUCACUUGCAAGGGUUCUUCGUUCGGAAACUGCUGUUCGCAGUACGGAUGGUGCGGAAGCUCGGUCGAUCACUGCGGUGCCAACUGUAACUCAGCAUUUGGCACAUGUACUGGCACUACUACAUCAAAAGCAACUUCAGUAACGGUCAAGCCCUCUUCGACAAAGGUUGCUCCAGCUCCUUCCUCCGCGCCCACCAAGAAAGUAUCACCAGAUGCAACAUGUGGUGGCGCCAAUGGCUACACAUGUCUGGGUUUCGCCGAAGGCAACUGCUGUAGUGCGAACGGAUGGUGUGGUUCAACAUCCGCAUACUGUGGAAGCGGUUGCCAAUCUGGCUUUGGAAACUGCGGCAGUAACACCGGCUCAGGAUCCAGCACAACCAAGAGCAGCGCUAGCAAGACUUCCUCAACAACCCCAUCAUCAACAGCAUCUGGAUCUGCUCUCCAAUGCUUGAAUGGAAAGAAUGUUCCUUACAAGAUGACCUCAGAUGCCGAGUACUCUGAGCUUUCAGAGCCUUACAACCUGCGCGUUCCCUUCAAGCCAGCUGUCAUUGUUCUUCCAACCACCAACCAGCACGUUCAGGAUGCAGUUGUAUGCGGUGCCCAAGCCGGUCUCAAGAUCCAGGCCAAGUCAGGUGGACACUCUUAUGCAAGCUUUAGCUCUGGUGGUAAGGAUGGCGCUAUGCAGAUCAACCUCCAGUCUUUCCAGACUAUCGAGCUUGACAAGAGCUCUGGCGUUGCCACAGUUGGCGGAGGAGUUCGUCUCGGCAACCUCGGUGACGGCAUCUACACCCAAGGCAAUGCUGCUGUAGCCCAGGGUACCUGCCCUGGUGUUGGUAUUGGAGGCCACUACACACACGGAGGUUAUGGCCAUACAUCGCGCAACUGGGGACUGGCCAUGGACCAGGUCAUUGGAGCCGACAUCGUUCUCGCCAACGGAACCCUCAUCAAAGCCUCUUCAACACAAUCCCCCGACAUCUUCUGGGCUAUCAAGGGCGCAGCCGAGUCCUUUGGCGUCGUGACAAAGUUCUACCUCCAGACACGCGCCGCGCCCGCGAGCAUCACAUACUUCCAGUUCGCCUUCACUGGAAUCCAAGACUCUAAGAGCGUCUGGACCAACACCUUCAUGCACAUCCAGGAUGUCGCGAAGAAUGCUUCCGUCGUCGACAACCGCGUCUCCUUCGGCAUCUACCUCGACAACUACGGCUCCUACAGCCUGUCUGGCGCCUUUUUCGGAUCGGUCUCGGAAUUCAACACCAAGGUUAGACCUGAGUUGCUCCGCACCCUACCUACCGCCGAAGCAACCGUCGAGUCCAUGGCCUGGUAUGACUACAUGGUCAAAGUGUCUGGCAAAACCAGUAUCAAAGAACCCCUCACCGGCUACGACGAGCACGAAGACUUCUUCGCCAAGUCAGUCACAGUCCCUGAAUCUAGCGGCCUGACAUCAAACGCCCUCAACGCUCUGUACGAUUACCUCAAGACAGCCGGCUCGACAGAAUACUACAUCAUCAUCAACCUGUACGGCGGUCCCGGAUCAGCCAUUAACAGCAAAAACACUGAUUUCGCGGCUUACGUCGACCGCGAUAGUCUGUGGGUGCUACAGAACUACGGUUACGGAGGCGCGUCGAUGAACUUUAUCAACGGCAUCAACAGUGCUAUUAUCAAUGCGCAGCCACAGACGAGCUUUGGCGCGUACUUGAACUAUGUAGACCCGAGUUACGAUGCAGCGACUGCGCAUAAAUUGUACUACGGCGAUGCGGUGUACAGCAGGUUGGCCGCGUUGAAGCAAAAGGUUGAUCCGGCACAAGUGUUCUGGAACCCGCAGGCUAUUGGUGCGUGA